CCUCACAAAAUUUCAACUUUACUUUCUAUAGAAACUUUUUUUUCUAAAUCUGUCAAAAACCUACAGAAUAUAACGUCGAAAUUAUUUAAUUAUGAAAUGUGAAUGGUGUCCACGAAAAUGUUACCCCCGUUUUCCGCCCAACUAUUUUGUACAACCUGGCCGUUCGGAAUUUCCCAACCCAGGCAACAUCGAAGACCUACAUAGCCGCGCUCAUAAUAUUAUGCCAAAGUUCUUUGAUGGCGUCGAACUAGGCUACCGCUAUGGUUUGGCCCCCGAAAAGACCAUUCAAUUAAACUGGAUUCUAAGUCAUACCCGACCUUCAGGCUUUCUUAUCGGUGGAGUUUAUUGCACACGAAAUUAUGAUGAUAUUUUGGAGACCCCAAUGGUUCAUGCCGACAUAAAUCCAAGCUCUUUGUCAACGAAUUUUGGUUGUGUGUACUAUCCAUGGCAGAAUGUUCGCCUUUGGGCGGCGUUUCAAAAAUCAAAAACUCUGUUUGACAAAACUUUCUCGGCAGAGGUACACAGUCCGAGUACCACGUACACUGCAAAUCUGUACAAUCCCUCCAAGGACCGGGGUCGGUGCACUCUUUCUGUUUUGCGUAGCGUCACAAACCAUCUGGCCUUGGGUGGCGAGCUGCUAGUCGAAUGGAAUGAACCGAGACACACUAGUGCCGAUGCGGCUCUGGCAAUGAGGUACUCACGACACCAGUAUUCGUCGGCAUUGACUGUCUCACGACAGGGAUUCGAUGUGAGUUACUGGCACCGAGUCCACCCGUCCAUUCAGAUGGGCAGCUCAUUGGCAUUCAACAGGAACACCCGCAAGGCCAUUGCUACUGUGUGCUAUCAGUGGGAGUUCCAGGAUACCACAGUCCGUGGUAUGGUCGAUUCGGAUAUGUCGGUUGGUUUUAUGUACUACAGGACAAUUUCCCACAUCCCAUGCGGGUUUGGAGUAAGCCUGCUGCUCAGUGUCCCAAGUAACCGGUUUACCUUUGGCAUUAAAAUGGAUUUGGAUCCGAAUAUAAAAUGUGGUUAGAGCGGAAAGCUCUGUGUUUGGACAGAUAUUUUCUUAUAUUUUUAAUAAUCUUUAAUAAAUUGAUAAAUAACUAGA